UUCAUUAAAAAACUUUAAGAAGAAAAUUUGUAAUGACAUACUGCAAAAAUUUGAGACCUAAAGCCCUUGUUCGUCGAAUUAAAUCCUUUUCGUCCCUUCUUUUUGAAAGAGCAGAAAGCAUGAUGAACAAGUUUUUCUGCUACUACCUAUUUGCUAGAUGUAAAUGCUCUUCUAUAUUUCCAUCCCGAACUUCGACAGCCAUUAUACCAAAAUUAUUCUCAGCGUUUGCAGACAAUGACAACCUCAUCAAUGGCCGUCUUCAAAAUCCCUUUGCACACUUCGCUGCCAGUGAAUUCAAUCUCUCAUCCACCGACAUUUCAAAGAUGUUUAAAAUCGCCCCGUCAUUGGAGAGACUUGAAAACCUCGAAAAUGUGGAGCAGUUUGUCGACAUGCUGAGCAAGCACGGCUGCCAACGCCAGCAGAUUGCCAAGAUCAUGAAGGGAGUCCCUAAACUUCUCACGACAAGUGCAGAAAAUGCGGUGGAACGAAAAAUUCAAUUGCUGAUGGAUUUCGGCAUUAAGCGAGAAUAUUUGGCCAAAGUAUUGACGAGCCGGCCCAGAAUCUUGGGCGCCAGCCUGGAGCAGGAACUUGUUCCCAAGUUGAUGCUUUUUAAGAAUGCAUUUCACUCCAGAGAUUUACUCAUCAAAUUUCUAGUGAGAAAUCCGUCAAUUUUGACAUAUAACAUGGAGAAAACCUUGAAACCCUCGCUUGCUUUUUGGGAAGGAUUUGGUUUUCGGGGCAAGGAGCUCGCUAAGUUUAUAUUGUCAAAGCCGGAUGUUCUCCGGUACACUAAUUUAACGCCUGCUCAACUUGACCUCAUUCACAAGACUGGUAUUGAGAAAGCUAGCACAAUGUAUAAAUAUGCUUUGAUCACUGUUGCCACAUACCGCACGGAAACAUUGCUGGCGAAAAUGCACAAUCUUCAACUAUGCGGUCUCUCAAGUGAGGAAACCUGGGAAUUAUUUAGGGUUUUUCCUAAAAUCUUUGGCUUGUCCGAAGAAAAGGUUAAGCAAAAUCUGGACUUUAUAGUUAAUGACAUGGAGCUCGCUGCAAAUUGUGUGCUAAAAUAUCCACAGCUUUUAAUAGCUAACUUGGAAAAGGUUCUGAAGCCUAGAUUUCUAGUUUGGCAAAGGAUGAAAUGCAUGAAUGUGCUCGGGGAUCUUGAGUUCAAGUCGCUUGAUUCUGUCAUUGUCAUGCCCGAGGCAAAGUUUCUCAGCAAGAUUGUGAAAGGCCCUCCGAUGUUGUAUACAAUUUAUGAAGAGGUUAUGGCGGAUAUCUAUCGUGGCACUGGCACGAAGAGCUUAUGUAACGUCUAAUUACACUUCAGGCAAGGAGCUAUUCCAGAACAUGGAGAGGGCAAUCUUGCAAUAAUAUUCAGUAACAUGUUUGGUAGUCUUUGGAAAAGUUUGUAAUUUUAGGUUUGAUGAACGGUAUCUAAGGUAAAGGCGAAGAUAAUAUUUAGGUCAAUGCCAUUCAGGACACCGAUUUUAUGUAUGAGAGACUCCUUGAGGAAGGCUCACAAGGAUUUUGUUUUUUCCAUUUACCUUAUACAUUAAUUGAAUAAUUCCCCUUGAUAUUU